AGUUACAGCACUAGAGCUUCUUCAAGAGCAAGAGCAUCUCCGGGUGUGCUUUUUUCGCUGUUGCUUCGAUGAUAUAUUCACAACGCCGCUGCUGAUGUGGACUAAAGAUGUACAACUUAGUACUAGAGUAAGAGUUUGCAAAGUAGAACCAAGUUCCUGUUGUCGUGGUGUCUGUCGUGCAGCUGCGAGAGAUGAAAUAGAAGUACCUAGUUCGUUGGACACGACAUCGAUAGGAUCAAAUAACUCCUGCACGACCAACAUGCCGGAAUCUUUCGGCCAGUCCUCCAGUAGUUCCUCAUCCUCGACGACGGAUCUCGCGACGGACAGACGACCCCCCCAGGGCGGGUGCGAUGGCGUGGUCUGCCUCCUGGGGUGCCUCAUGGCGGUGCCGGGGGUGAAGAAACGGAUCGUGAAUUCGGUGGCGUUUUUAUCCUAAGUAAAAACGUUCCCACCCCAUGUUCAAGAUGGGAAAUUUGCUUAGACAAAUCAACAAGCAUUGGCUGUUGCGCAUGACAAGUCUGGCCCUCUGGUGCAGUCCUGUUUCGCUCUUUCAGCAGCAUCGCAGCCCUAACCUAUUACGCUGAUGGGAGGGAGCCUUACAGAUGCCAAACGCACGAGGACAAAUGCUUCUCAUGGGGCUCCGGAUUCGCAUGACAGCCAUGGGGUGGGGGCGUUUUUACAUAGGAUAGCUUUUCCCCCCCUGUCCGCCGGGGUAUUACCUGAGCGACACGGGGAAAGCGUUGCUGUGUUCUAGGAGCUCAUCUCCGUUUCCCGAACCGAUUCCGGACCUGUCCACGGCUUUGGGGAUAACGUAUCCUGAGUGAAAACGUCCCCACCUCCACAGAGUCAACAUCGGGAAGCUGCUACACAAAUAAGCAAGCUUUGGCUAUUGCGCAUCACAAUUUUUCGUUUUGGUGCGCAAUGUAGUGGCGUUCAGCUAGGGCAGUAGUUUCAAAGAUCCAGCAGUUUCCGCUGAUUCGAGCAUCACAAAAUCCAAAGCAACGCUAGACAAUUCUUCUCAACAUCAUGGGGCUUCGCAUGAGAGAAUAGUUUAUUGACCAUGCAGAUCUCCAUAAAACAAACCUGGGGCCGCGCGGACGUUUUUACACAGGAUAUUACGGUAGAAACGGUCACGCUGCACACGGUAGUCGGAAACGAACUCAGGGCGUUUCACUUCAAAAAAACAGCAGCUGGGGGCGCCGGAGGAGAUCAUGCCAAAGUGGCAGGAUCAUCGUCAAGCAGCUCUCUGGCAAGGAAAGGAAAGAUAUCGCAAGAAAAAACUGUUUCAUUAUAAUGAACUUGUGAUGCAGGGGAUGGACGAGCACGAGAGCACAGUCGUAAUUUGAUGUCUUCCUUCUACAUCAAAUACAAGACAAAACGGCAUUGUUUGUUACGUUGCCCGUCUUUUCCCCACGUAUCCAUCUACCACGCAUGAAAAAUGUUCCCGGUAUGUUUGUCGUGCCCGUAAUUGAUUCAUUGAAAAAAGGAAAAUCAUCACAGUAAAACAGUUUUUUCGGUUGAUCGCAGACCAUAAUCUUCUCCCACGGCAAUAGCACUGACAUAGGCUUGAUGUUUCCUCAUCUCCGAGAUAUCGCCGCGAAGUGCGACGUCAGUGUGCUGGCGUAUGACUACUCAGGGUACGUAUCAGAACUAUUUGUCGACGACAGAUAAAACACAUCAACAUCGUCAAUCAGCGUACUAGUACAAAACUAGUGUCGGAAAAAUCGAUGUUUUGCAGUAAAGGGCAGAAUAGUAAACUGUGACACGACACCAGCAUUUAGGGUAUUCAACAAAGACCAAACACCUGCUUCUUCAACAUCACAGUUACGGGUGCAGCACGGGCGAGCCGUCGGAGCGCAACCUGUAUGCGGACAUCCAGGCCGCAUUCCUGUAUCUCAUACGCAUGGCAAAAUUAUCGCACUCGUAAAGAUCAUUGCAGUCAUCUAGCAUUACAAAUCUAACUUUCUACCUGAUUCAGCAUGACAAACUGCAUACAUUUUUGUUUUUUCGAACGAUCGAACUAGUGGUACGAUAAUUUUGCAAUGCAUAACUGAACGAGGAGUGCAACAUCCCGAUGUCGCAGAUAAUUCUUUACGGACAGUCCGUCGGCUCCGCGCCGAGCAUCCACCUGGCAAACGAGCUGCAGCACGGCCUCGGGGGGCUCAUUCUCCACUCCGCGCUGAAAUCCGGCCUGGCGGUGGUAUACAGCAAAAUUCAGCACAGCCCCUGGUACGACGUCUUCCAAAACGUGCACAAGAUAAAGGAAGUAUCCUGUGCAAAAGUAUCGUACUCGUAUUGCAGUCAUGCGUUACAAAUCGUAUUCUUGAGGUAAAUCCGCAUUGUUCUCACGCUGAGGAAAUUUGUAAUGCAUUUAUACGAGCACACUUUUGCAAUGCAUAGGAAGUGGACGCCCCCGUAUUUCUGAUCCACGGCACGGCCGACUUGGAAGUGCCGAUUGACCACGGGAAAGCUUUGUACGAAGCGUGUCUGUAUCCUGUGCAAAAGUAUCGUACUCGUAGUAAUUGCAGUUAUGCAUUACAAAUCUUUUUCCUAAGGUCAUUCAGCAUCACAAAUUUCAUUUCUCAUGCUGUGGAGAUUUGUAAUGCAAAUCAUACUAGUGCGAUACAAUACUUUUGCAAUGCAUAGUCUGCGGCCCUUUCCUCCCUGGUGGGUGCACGAGGGCGGACACAACGACAUCGAAGUCAUUUGGCGGUAAAAAAGAGAUGAUCAAGAUGAAAUAUGUGUACGUAUAAAAAAUUUUCUCUGUGUAUCUCUAUCUACGUUGUAGUUAGAAUGUGUUUCAAAUUCAAUUAAUUUUCGUUCAUGCCGGCGUCACAACUACCACUACGACAGGCAAGAUGAACUUAUUCAUUUUCUGUAUCGUGAUACACCGCCUGGAAAAUUCUAUCAGAGCCACGUUUUUCACCAAAAUCCGGGGCUUUUUGGAUUCGCUGGAGUGAAGACCGGUGGAAGCUAGCCGAUCUUGGAGUGCAGUGACGGUUCGACGGCCGCCCUGGCUGUGGUCUGCCGUGGAGGUCGUGCAGCUCAUUUUGCGUCAGACGACAACGAGGAAAGGGAAACACAAACUCGACGACUUCUUGCCAUAUUCUUCCGGAUCUUGCUGCUAGUACUGCAGCUGGUUCGUGUGGGAAAAAUUGGGAGCCUUUCCUGUUUUGUUCCCCUGCCGCUAUACAUACGUCGAUCCUCAUCUGCUCCUUCGGAAGAGGCAAACUGUUGAUGUGCUGUGCUCUCGCAAAUGUGGUCUGUGUGCUUUCGCAGCAAGCAAUUUCAAUGAUGAUGAAAACAUGCUCAGACUACAACUUGUUCAACUCUCGCGAACACGAGCAGUUGCUUGUGGUGCAUGUGAGAAACGCUGCGGAAAGUAGCUGCGACGAACAAAAGCAAGUGCAAACGUGCCUACUUCAGCUGUGAUUUUUCACAGUCAAACUCAU